AUGAUCAUCUAUUCUGAGUCUACAGCUGACGAAGAUGAAACAAUUCCAGAAACUCCUGAAGCCAAUCUUCACAAGGAUACUUCUACUCCUACACAGACAGUUGUUAUACCACCCAAAGAUUUGGUUUCCAAGUCAUUAUCUGAGGAGGCCCGAACUUCUAACAUUCUUGUAAACAUAUCUAAUACGGAUGAAAAUGCCAUCAUGGGUGAGGAUGAUUCGAAGAAAGAAAACCAAGGUAAACCUUCAACUGUUACCUCAGAAACCUUUGUUUCUCUUCCUCCACAAAUUACACCUGUCAUAACCACUACUUCCACCACUGAUUCUCCUACUUUCGAAAACAUUAUCAAACAACCAAUUACUUCUCUUUUUUCUUCUCAAUCCACUGAUCCACCCACAACCACUUCACAAAUUCAAGAGUCUAUUUUUAUGGAAACUGAGCAUGAAUUUGAAGAUAUUGGGGGAGGUCAUUCUGUAACGAGUUUAGAAGUUGAUGGUUUGUUAAAACUACUAGAAGGAAGGAUCACCUUAAAAGUUUCGGGCAUGAUUAAAGACUCUGGGUCUCGUCUUUUGGAGAAAGUUGAUAUAUGUGAUCAUAACAAUGAGAUGAGGGUGAAUUCUCAGAAGUCUACAUUUGAAGGUGAUUUGAAAGAAUUGAGAAUAGUGACAAAGGAACUAUUGGAUUAG